AUGCCUUCCAUCCUUCUCAUCAACGGGUCCAACCUCAACCUUCUCGGCACCCGAGAACCACACCUUUACGGCUCCACGACCCUCCCCCAACCCGAAGACAAUGCAAAAGCCCUGGCGGCAUCCAAAGCCCGUGGCCACACCGAUGCGAUCAUCGUCAAUCCUGGCGCGUUCACGCAUACCGGUGUCGCAAUUCGAGAUGCGCUGUUCGGCGUGUCCAUUCCGUUUGUCGAGGUGCAUAUUACCAAUGCGCAUGCGAGGGAGGAGUCCCGGCGUCAUAGUUAUCUCUCUGAUAAGGCUGCUGCUUGUAUUAUCGGGUUGGGGAGUUACGGGUAUGAGGCUGCGAUUGAGUAUGCGGUGAGGGAGAUUAUCAGUGCCAAGUAUGUAUAUUAG